AUGCCAAGCGACAAUCAGCUGAGUGCUUUCUUGGCGGCAUGUGGAUCGAGGUUCGCAAGACAAACUGCGAAAGGGAAGAAAUUCACCGAAGAGGGUUAUGUGCGCAACAUCAUGUUUAAUAACUUGUGUUCCACAUCCCCGUAUGGACUUCUCCGAAGUAUAUGCCUACCGUCAAUGAAAGGCGGCUACUACAUCGUACAUGCGGUCAUAGAGAAAGGAACGGGCGACAUACUGGCAGGCCACUGUCUCUGCCCAGCCGGCCUCAGUGGAAGCUGCCAGCACGUUGUUGGCCUGCUGCUCACAGCUUGCAACCUGGCACCACAAGGAGAAGACACAACAUGUACGGAUGUCCCCUGUGCAUGGAUUGUGCCCCCUCAAGCCAAAAAGCAAGAACCAAGCUUGCCGCUUUCGGAAAUUUUGUUUGAGAGCAGCAGGAACAGGAAGAGAGUUUAUGAUCCCACACCUGGACUGUUGCCAGCUGACCCUGCCAACUUCAUCAGCAACUUGCAAGAAAUAUCUCCGAGCUGCCUUCUACUCCGCUAUGCAAAGAAGCCCAGGGCGGCAGAAGAAAGCACAACAGAGACCAUCGCUGCAAAAGUAAUAAAUGAUGGAUGCUGCAACCAGCCAUAUAUAGCCGACAGUGAAGAUUUGCUGAGCAUGACAAACUCGAGAAUUAUUCAAGAGAGAUUUGAUGCAAUUCAGCCCCUGAGCCUCGACGACAGGGCAGUCAUUUUAGAAAGCACAAUGGGCCAGGCAGAGAACAAGAAGUGGCAUCAGGAACGUAUUGGACGGCUCACGGCAUCAGUGUUUAAGAAGUUGCUGCGGUGCAGAAAGCCUGAUGGUGCCGUAAGGGACGUAAUGUAUCCUCGCCAAGUGAGCACCGAAGCCAUGCGUUAUGGCAGGAUUCAUGAGGACGAUGCCGUUAAAGCAUACGAAGAAAUAAUGGCAUGCAGGGACAGCCCAGUGAAUGUGACUGAAACUGGAUUGCGCAUUCAUAAGCAGUACCCAUUUUUGGCUGCCUCUCCAGAUCGCAUUGUUGUCCUGCAUGGAGAGCAAGGAUUGCUUGAGGUGAAAUGCCCUUUUUCUAAAAAGGGUAUGACUGCUGAGGAUGCCUCCAAAGACAGCAAAUUUUGCUGCAUGCUGAAAGAUGGGCAAAUCCAACUUAAACAAGACCAUGCAUACUACUAUCAAGUACAAGGACAAAUGGCAACAACAGGGCACAAAUGGUGUGAUUUUGUCAUAUGGACAAAGGCACAAAAGCCAAAUGAAAUGCAUCACAUUCACGUAGAAAGAAUUUUCUUCGAUCAGUCAUUCUGGGAAAGUGAUAUGCUCCCAGCAAUAUUGCACUUCAUGCAAAAAUCUUUCAUCGCAGAGGUGCUGAGGAGGCAUGUAAGGUGACUGGGCAAGCUGUACACAACUGGACAAUACGUCUCCUAUAAGAAGACCAAGGACGCUUUAUGUAUGUUCUCUAAAAGACAGCGUGGUGCUUAAACGAUGGAGAAGAGCCCUUGAAAAUCGUCCAAGCUUGUUCCACGAGAUGGCUGUCAAUUGCAACAGCGGUUGAACGGGUGCUGAACCAGUGGACCGAGCUAAAGCUCACUUCGAAGUUAUAAGAUUGGCAGAAAAGUGUUACAAUGCAGAGGUGCUACAACAUCAACAAAACUUAUUUGCUCUUUUUGAGGCCAGUACUCUUGGAUUUUCAGAGUUAGUAAGUCUUUUGAAGCACAUAACGCAGACCAAACCAAGCUUCUGGACGACCUCGUACAACUACUGUCCUCACUCAUCAAGGAAGUGGUGCUUGCAACUGCGCCAGCAGAUGUAUACACGACGAAAGUGGAAGACUAUUUGUGUCCCAAACCGUACUUCGGCUAUUCAUUUGAGAAACACAUUAAUGACAUGAAGAAAACUGGCUUAAGAUGAAGAGCAGACACUGAGGAAACAAUACACAAUGUUUCUUGUUGUCCUCAUUGACCAGAUCCGCUAAAGGCUAUAUAUUUUGAUAACAUCCAAAUUCUCAGGAAGAGAGAGAAAGAGAAAUAACUUUAUUUAGAAAAAAUAGGGUUAAGGGGGCCGGAGGGUGGGUCCUUAGUGUAGGACUCCAGUGGCCACCGCCACGCGCCGUGCCUGGUCGAGGAGGCUCAAUUGAGUCUCCAGGUCAGUCCGGGCGAGGAUGGCUGCCCAAGGCUCAAUAAAGGAAUUUUGUGCUAAACAGGGCAAAUUUGAAUUUUGGGGUCGUGAAAGUGUCUCAACUAUCAGUCAGAAAGGCGUUAUGCGUGCUGAAGCCGUCACUGGCUCCAUUGUUGGAAGAAAUGGGUGUGUCUAGUACAAAAAUUGAUGUAUAUAAUGCCAGUGGACAAUGUCACGACUGUAGCAUGGGUACAAAUGUCGGCAAUGCAGAACUUCUGGUGUGAAGUAAGCACUUAUCACGACUCCUUUGGUGAAAGCCCGUUUCAAGAACUGGUAGACUUUGCCAUCUCAAUGCUUGUAUUACCAUACUCGAAUGCUGAAGUUGAAAGAUCAUUCAGCCAGAUGAACUUGUUGAAAACUGCCUACUUGGAUCACUGGGUAUUUGCACUGGAAAUGUGCCGCUCUACAAUGACGAAAAAGAUCCUUUACAUUUCUAUGAUUGUGGGUGGAAUCCAACCCCCGUCACAAGAGUUACUCAUGAACCGCAACCUGACGCUUUAGCAGGCUGCGUUGCAAAUGCACCUGGUAUGUGCUACAAUAAUGGAUGCCUUUCAUGCUGUGGGGACCCCUUUGGACCCCCUUCUCCAGAUCACGCGCGACUUAGGCCAUUCACCCGUGUGAUCCCUGGAGACAUGCUGUUCCAGCCUUAUUGUGGACAGCGUACAUUGCCCGCUGGCGCGAUGCUGAGCCUGCUGCUUGCGCGCACGGUGAAUGUUACGCCAUGCGCCGUGCAUACAAACAGUGCCUUAGGAGAGGGCCCCUCUCGCCCUCUGUUCGGCAUCUCUCUCCUUCAGCAUCCAAGGUACGCGGGUGCCAUCGCCCGGCAGAUUGACUUCCGCGGUGCUCUUGGCUGUCGGACGUGCGGUCCAACUUUGUCCCGCACCCCUCUGAGCAAGGCAGU